CUGCAAACAAGCAGCCAGCACACCUGGGUGGGUAGCACAGGCGUGGAGGCUGUUGAUCGCAUCAGCAGAGGUGCGUGGAGAUAAGCAAAUGGCCGUCCUCCUCCCAACCUGACUCUCGUAGAGCUCACUCCUGUAUGGUGUCUCCUGCUGCCCCAGCCUCCGCCUAGGGAUGGUGGAGUCGCUUCCUCCUGACGGUCUCACAACUAAACCAUGGAGCUUCGAGUGGGGAACAAAUACCGGCUGGGCAGAAAGAUUGGCAGUGGUUCAUUUGGAGACAUUUACCUAGGAGCCAACAUUGCGACUGGUGAAGAGGUGGCUAUCAAACUGGAAUGUGUCAAAACCAAGCAUCCCCAGCUCCACAUUGAGAGCAAAUUCUACAAGAUGAUGCAAGGAGGAGUGGGUAUCCCCUCCAUUAAGUGGUGUGGAGCAGAGGGGGACUAUAACGUGAUGGUGAUGGAGCUCUUGGGGCCGAGCCUGGAAGAUCUCUUCAACUUCUGUUCCCGCAAAUUUAGUCUCAAGACAGUUCUGCUCCUGGCAGACCAGAUGAUUAGCCGUAUUGAGUACAUUCAUUCCAAGAACUUCAUCCACCGGGAUGUGAAGCCAGACAACUUCCUUAUGGGGCUUGGUAAAAAAGGCAACCUAGUAUACAUCAUUGAUUUUGGUUUGGCCAAGAAGUACCGAGAUGCCCGGACCCACCAGCACAUACCUUACCGGGAAAACAAGAAUCUGACUGGCACAGCUCGUUAUGCUUCUAUCAACACCCACCUGGGAAUCGAACAGAGUCGUCGUGAUGACCUGGAGAGCCUGGGCUACGUGCUCAUGUAUUUCAACCUGGGCUCGCUGCCCUGGCAGGGCCUCAAGGCUGCCACCAAGCGCCAAAAGUAUGAGAGGAUCAGCGAGAAAAAGAUGUCAACGCCAAUUGAGGUGCUCUGCAAAGGGUAUCCUUCUGAGUUCUCGACAUACCUCAACUUCUGCCGCUCACUGAGGUUUGAUGACAAACCUGACUACUCAUAUUUGCGACAGCUCUUCCGCAACCUCUUCCACCGCCAGGGCUUCUCCUACGACUAUGUCUUCGACUGGAACAUGCUUAAAUUUGGAGCAGCCCGAAACCCUGAGGAUAUGGAUCGGGAACGGCGAGAGCACGAGCGAGAAGAAAGGAUGGGACAGCUCCGGGGGUCAGCCACACGAGCACUGCCCCCUGGCCCACCUGCUGGAGCCACUGGCAACCGUCUUCGCAAUGUCGCUGAGCCCAUGGCCUCCACCCCCACCUCCCGAAUCCAACAGUCCGGAAACACAUCCCCCAGAGCAAUCUCAAGAGUGGACAGGGAGCGGAAGGUCAGCAUGAGGUUACAUCGAGGAGCUCCUGCCAACGUCUCCUCAUCCGACCUCACAGGGAGGCAAGAAGUGUCACGGAUUUCAGCAUCACAGACAAGUGUGCCAUUUGAUCACCUUGGGAAGUGAGGAGCAAUUGCCACUGGACCAGUGUUUGCUUAG